CUCCACCCCAAGUUCAAUGUCCGCAAGCCCCAAGAAAGGCCCUCCGACACCUUCUCUUUCAACAGCGAGUCUCACAGGGAACUUCAGUGUUCGUAGUAAUGCGCACGCGCCACCUUCCACAAUAAGAACAGUUAUUACUGCCCCGCCAUGGGCACAAGACGAACCACCUUCCCCCACAGAGCCACACGAUCCUGAUCGCCCCCGUCCUGUUGUCGAUCUUAGAAGCUCGGAUGUCACCUCUUCGCGCUCAUCCGUCGCUCUCGGCCAGGCAGGUCCAUCCACUCACUCACAUUGGUGGGCCUUUGCCCGGCCUCAUGCCGACGUAGGCGAAGCUUACCCGUUUGAAGGCUCUGGAGCAGGGUCCUUCAACCCAGACAAGAAAGCUGUCAGUUUCAAGGAACGUUCUCCCUGGCUCAUGUCUGGCACCCGAAGGUCCCCACAAGACCUCGCCAAAGACAGAGCGUUUCGUGAACAGAACUCAAACCUUUAUCUUGAUCUCCCUCGCCCUGACCCCUUCACUGUCUCACAAUCAAAGACCCCUGGCUGGGAUAUACCAUGGCAGUCAAAGGAGAUGUCUGCUCUAACUCAUGGAGACAAUCAUAGUCGCGGGGCACAGAGCGCACUCUCCCGCCCCGAUGAUACCGUCAGUCACAAGUCUAGGUCUCGCAAGAAGAGGUUUCGAGCUUUCUUGCUUUCCAACAUCUACGUCCCUUUACUUUUCAGAUUUGUUAACAUUACAUUCACUACUGCAGCAUUAGCCAUCGCCAUUCGAAUACGACAGCUAGAAAUGCGCUAUCAUGUCAUGGGCGUUGUCGGUAGUUCAGUGACGCUGGUGAUCAUUUUUGCCCCUCUAACGUUAGUCCACGUUAUGGUGGCAAUAUACCUAGAGUACUUCAGCCGGCCACUGGGACUCUGGCGCACCUCUGCCAAACUUGCACACACACUACUCGAGGUGUGCUUUAUCUGCGCAUGGUCCGCGGCACUCUCUUUGUGUUUCGACAACUUCUUCACUUCCCUUAUACCAUGUGCCUCGAUCAGCGACACUUCGUGGUACAAUCAGCUUGCGCGUCCUAGCCUCAAUCUACCUUCUCUUGGGCGCGGCGAAGGUGGUGUUGGCGACACUAUAUGCGACGACCAGCUCGUCCUCAUCUGCCUCGUUGGCGUUGGACUCAUCAUGUACUGCAUAAACCUCGUCAUCAGUUUAUUCCGCAUAUUUGAAAAAGUGAAAAAUUACGCCCACGGGCGAAGCGAACUUUAACUUAGGUAGCUCUCGACAUUGAUACCCAUCCACUCUUUUACCUCACGUUCUACUACAUUCAGCCUACUCGACCGCAUGUAUUUAUUCCCCCAUCUUAUAAACUCGCCAGAUAUCGAUAUCCUUAAGCAUAUAUGUACAUGUUCACGAGCACUACCGUGAUACUAGAGUAGCGUACUCUCUCU